GACGUCUCUCUGGAAACCCCUCAACAUUAUCCGUAACAGUUGCUCGGCUUUGCGCGCGGGCUGGUGACGUAUGGUUGAAUGGACUGAGAUCUGUCUCCGAGUAAGAUGGCGGACGAGGAGGACGAGCAGCCGUUUGAUGAAGAUGUGGAGGAGAGCGGAAGCGGAGCAGAGGGUGGACAAGGAAGAAGAAAAAGAUUAUUUUCGAAAGAAUUAAGAUGUAUGAUGUAUGGUUUUGGGGAUGACCAGAAUCCUUACACUGAAUCGGUGGAUAUCUUGGAGGAUCUUGUCAUCGAAUUUAUCACUGAAAUGACUCACAAGGCCAUGUCAAUUGGACGUCAGGGCAGGGUUCAAGUAGAAGAUAUAGUCUUUCUUAUUCGUAAAGAUCCUCGGAAAUUUGCCAGAGUGAAAGACCUGUUGACAAUGAAUGAAGAAUUAAAACGUGCCAGAAAGGCUUUUGACGAAGCUAAUUAUGGCUCUUAGAUCUCUGAAGGAAGCAUAUCGUGGAAUAAUUAUUGUAAUACUACUCUCUGAAAUGUGUAAUAAUACAUUGUAAUAGACUCCUAUUACAGACUUCAUAAAAUGGACUGUUGCAAUAGAGUCUGCCUCUGACUCAGCUAGGCAGGGUCUGAGAAAUCUGAUGAUUCACUUACACUUUUGCUUCAUCAGUAUUUGCAAUGUUUUUGGUUAAGCAAUGAAAUGGGACUUUUUGUACGGUUAAUAAUUUAAAGGUUUUUAUACAUAUCAGAAUUAGUGUAUGCCAAUGAUUUAUUUUAACUUGGCCAGUUCUGCAAUAAAUAUUAUGAAAAAUAAUGACUAUUCAAAAGACUUAAUUCAAAUGCCUUAGUUAAUAAUUCUGUAGCAUAUCUUUUGGAAUUUUCACUCAGUAGAUGUCCAACCUGAUGCCACAUAUUUUUCAUGCUUUCUUAUGUUCUUUUAUAAAUUCUUAUACUGAAAUUUUAGUGAUAUGCCCUUGUCAUUCCUUUCCUGGUCUAACCUACCUGUGACUCCAACCAACAUCAAUGUUGCUGACUCUUACUUGGGGACUGAAAUGGCUUAACAAAACACUCAGUUCAAGGGCUAUCAUUGAUAUACUACAACGCCCACAUCCCAUGCUAGGAUAAAGAAAAAAUAUCUGUAAGAACUUACCAUGAGAUUCCCAUAAAAUGCUCAAGAAAAGCUGUUUUUUUUAAUGCAAUUUAUGUUUCUUUGCAAGUGAAUGUUUCUAAUAUCAAGAAUAAAACUUAAUCUUUUAA